AUGGAGUGUUGGCAGAUUGAUGGAUUUCCUAUUGGAGGAAGGCUGUGCUUCAAACAUAGAAAAUUGAUUCUUCCAAUGAUUGAUGUUGAAACGUUUACUCAUCCUAAUUAUAACCCAUAUGAUACUUCGUUCGAGAUCGAUGACAGUCGUGAUCGUAGGAAUAAAAUUUUGGAUGAAGCUAACCUCAGUUUUAGUAAAAGUGGUAUUCGUCGCUUUCUAUCGAAACUACAACGUGAUACUCAUAUUUUGCAAGGUAAACUCGCUGAAACUUUGGCACCUAGCGAAGAUGAAAAUGAAUUUCUUGCUAUUAUGGAUAAAGUAUUAUAA